CGUGGGCUGUAGCUGUGCGGCCAGCUUCAACAGUGGGACCAGUCCGCCUGAACAGCGCGGAAAGCAAGCCGCUGUUCUUCACGGAUUCAGGAGAACUUUUUGGCCGCACGUUUCUUUUUUCGCCGUAGGAACCACUAUGAACGCCGCAUUUAUUGUAAUCACGCUUUGCUUCGUAGGAGCAUCGUCGUGGGAUCCCUCUGCAAGUCGUCCGUUCCAUAGUUACAACAUGCGGCAAAAGACGGCACCGAAAAUAUAUUUCACGAAUGAAGGAUAUUGCCCCGAAGAUUGGGUCGCUUUCGGCGACAGUUGCUAUUGGUUUGCCAGCAAGGAAAGCCGGCUAAUGUACUUCCAAGCCCUUCGGCACUGCGAGUCGCUCAACGCGAGCGUCGUGACUGUGCUCACGGAAAAAGAACAAAAGUUCCUGUUGAGCCAUCUUAGCGAUGCAACGACCAACCUAUGGAUUGGUCUCGACCAUCUACCAAACAGGACGUGGGCAUGGAUGGAUGGCAACGCUGUUACUUACACUAACUGGAUCAUCGGCCAGCCUCGUCCCAAAGGCGAGGACUGCACCGAAAUACUGACCGGAACGUUGCACCCGGGACGAUGGAAUCAAGUUCGGUGCAAUGCGAAGAGGAUGCACGCCUGUGAAAAAAAACGAGACAGGUCGCUGCCUCCUCGGCCCUCGACAAAGAACAGUUCUCGAUGUGAGCUGGCAUUGCCCGGUUCCUUCGAGUACCGGCAGUCGUGCUACCGCGUGGGUUCGUACCAGGACUGGGACCGCGCCUCGGAGAACUGUGAAGCCCAGGGAGGCCAGCUGGCCGACGUCCGCGAUGUCUUCGAGGAGGCCUUCCUUUCCGUGAAGUUCAAUUUCCGAGGUGGCCUGUUUUGGAUUGGUCUACAGGACGCAAAGGCCACUGGACUGUUCACGUGGGUGAGCGGCUGGCCGGUGCAGCACACGAACUGGGCUCCUCUACAGCCGGGUGCUUCGAACGGCGAUCGACGAUGCGUCGCUUCCGACUUCGCCACGGGAAUGUGGAGCGUCCAACCCUGUGACACGCACCUGUCUUUCCUUUGCCAGUUUGACAAUGAGAAGCCGCCCGAGGUGAGGCACCACGACGGUCCAUGUCCCGAACACGCCAGAAACUGGAUCGACGUGGGCAACCCUUAUUGCUACUUGCUCGAAGCAGAGCACGUCGUCAAUUUCAACGAAUCCGUCGCCAUCUGCAAUAGCAAAAACUCGACGCUAGCAAGUUUUCACUCUAAGGAAGAAAUCGGAAGGCUCAGUCCGUAUCUUCGCAAGUCGCAGCACCAGCUGUGGAUUGGGCUCGUCAGUGGUCACAACGAUAGCUACGAAUGGCUGGAUGGUUCUCCGCUGAAUUACGAACACUGGAAGAAUGGUGAACCGAGCAGCAUCGACGAAAACUGCGUCGAGAUGCGACAGUUCGACGCCCUGUGGAACGACAUCCGCUGCGAUGUGAAAAACGGCUUUCUAUGCGCUGUGGAGAAAGAACCUCAAGGGGACAGAAACGAAGGUGCCGCGACAAGUCACUCCGGCACGAAGGCCAGCGCGGGAGUGUACGUGGCCGUGGGCCUGGGUGCACUGCUCGUGCUCGUGGCGGCUGCAUUCGCCAUUCAACAGGUGGUGAGGUACUCCCAGUGGAGGCGCCGGAACGGAGGACUGUUCUCUUUCGAGAACCACGUGUACAUCGACCCGCCCGUUCAAGAUUUGAACGCUUCGCUGGGAUGAACGCCUUCAUCAAUCGUGUGCGGGGUGACGCCUCAAGCCUCAACAAAGCCUCAAGAACCAACACAGUAAAAGGAACAUGAACCCUCUGUAAAUUGCGGCUUACAGCUUCAAUCCUGCAUCAUUAAUCCAGCCGCGCCUGUGUAGAGCGAGCGCUUCAAGCUUAAUUGGGGUUAAUGAAUGUGCGGUUUCCCGGUAAGCAGUGACAGUGAUGAUCGCACUUGGCGGGACAUUAGGAGCCAGUGGGCCACGGGGGCGGGCUUUCAUUUUUCACUGACCGUACGGUGGAAACUUGUUUUGUGUGUCAUAUUCAGAGCUUCGGCAGUCGAUAUUUGGAUGGACACACGAAGCCUUUAAUAGGUGAAAAAAUAAUUUGUCCCUGUCAAUUUCUUAGAGGUACUAUCUCUUCACCAAAGCAUAAAAAAUGAAGCAGAAGGUUCUUGUUUUUUUUUUUUCUGCCUGUGAAGAGAGCGCAGAUUGGUGAAUUAUUUCAAAUUCAAUGUUUUGAAGGAUAGCGAAAGGAUGGCGAAAAGCAGUACUUGAUCUCAGAACGGUCGUUUUCCAUUUCUGUGUGCGUGUGUAUCUCUCAUCAGAGUAACGUAUAUUUGAGCCUAUUUUCGUCAGCUCCUCCAUGAGAGGGUUCCUAUACGCUCAACUGGCUCGUUCACAGGUUCAUGAGAAAUCGGUAUUUUCAGUUGUGUUGCACCCGUCGUCUGGAGACUGCAUUGUAAACAACGUUUUGAUGAAUCGACAUCUUUAAACUUUGGCUAAAGGUCAGAAAUGCGCUCUUUCCUUUAGAUUGUCCAUGGUUAAUAAAGCUUUCGCUUAAUACUUUUUUUAAUAUGCUGUUUUAUUGAACAACGAAGCGUUUCGUUCAACAGAGUAAAUUACUCACGUCAACCUGUCGCUCCAUGUCCAGACUCGAAGAAAAAGCGAGCUUCACAGUGAAACACUAUUUAGCUCUGAAACUGCACUCAUCACGUCGAUGGCUAUGCUGCGCGGGAACCGAGCGCUAAUUGCCAUCUACAUUGAUUUAUUAACUUUCGUUCUCUCUGGCUUUUUCAGUAACUUCUAGAAACUCCGAUACUCUGAUUACCUGGAGCGCUGCUUGUAUAUAUUCAUCUUAUGUGGCGGGAGGUUAUCCUGCACCGAAAUGCCACUUUGUAGUUUUAACUAUACAAGGUUACCGCCAACUCGCAGCACACAUAAGUGCAAAUCGGGCUUGAUAAUCUCCCAAAGCUUUCUUGUAGCAUUUAUCUUUAGCUGUCACCGUAUAGUGAUGAGUUCUCCAAACGACCUAAUGUAGCAAGGAAUAGCUUUCGUUAAGACAUAGAUCAUCGCUUGCAGUGUGCACGCUUAAGUUUGAAAACCAACCAACCGACAGUUACCUCUUGCCGUAGUUAGUUACCCAAGCGAUCUUAAAAAGCCUAUGCGCCUUUGGGUAGUUCCAUAAGCUACGCAUUUCAUAGAAGCUGACUGACAACGUUCUUCCCAAUGUACUACAAUUAAAUUAUCAAAGAUGUUUAAGGUGUUUACAUUCAUCGUCUCUGCCAUUGUCUUGUGAUAUAAUAAAACAUUCUUGGCUGA